ACAAUUCCGGUUUAAUUUUCUCUGCUGUCAUCAUAAAUUUUUCGCCCAUAAAUAAAUUAAUAAAGUAGACUUGAAAAUAAGUUUAAAACAAGUUUAAUUUAUUCAGAAGCUAUUUAAGAAUCAUCCUUAAGUAAGAAUUUGUAAAAAUGAGUGAAAACGAUCAGUACAAUGAUAACCAGAUGCCCCAAGACCAGCAACAACAGUAUAAUGGUAAUAAUGCCUCAAACAAUAGACAUGAUCAACAAAAUUAUGAAGAAGAUGAAAUAAUUCGAGAGCCAGAAGUUGUCAGAAAACUGUUCAUUGGUGGGCUUGAUUAUCGUACAAACGAUGAAACACUCAAAGCAUAUUUCGAGAAGUAUGGAAAAAUUGUUGAUGUCGUUGUAAUGAAAGAUCCAAAAACAAAACGAUCUCGUGGCUUUGGAUUCAUUACGUAUUCUCGCUCGUCGAUGGUAGAUGAAGCACAGAAGGCAAGACCACAUGUUAUCGAUGGAAGAACUGUUGAACCAAAACGUGCAGUCCCUCGACAUGAUAUUAACCGUCCUGAAGCUGGAACAUCGGUGAAGAAACUUUUUGUUGGUGGACUUAAGGAAGAUUUCGAAGAAGAAGAUUUACGUUCGUACUUUGGAAGAUAUGGAAGUAUUACGUCGGCUAUUAUUGUUACUGAUAAAGAUAGUGGCAAAAAGCGUGGUUUUGGUUUUGUUGAAUUCGAUGAUUACGAUCCAGUUGAUAAAAUAGUUUUGCACAAAAAUCAUACGAUUAAAAAUAAACUUCUAGAUGUGAAGAAAGCAAUCAGUAAACAAGAAAUGGAUCGUUCUCGAGGUGGUGAUAGUCGUGGAAUGGGAAAUGGCUAUGGUGGUGGCAAUUAUGGUGGAAGUUAUGGAGGUGGGUAUGGUCGCAAUCAAGGAGGGGGAAACUGGAAUAGAAUGAAUAACGACAAUAACUCAGGUUGGUUCAAUAACGAUAACUACAACGACAACUCACAAUGGAACAAUAAUAAUGGGCCAUGGGAUAAUCAGAACCAAAACUGGGGAGGUGGAAAUGGAAACUUCAACCAGAAUUGGUCAAGUGAUUCAUUUGGAUCAGGCUACCAACAAAAUUACAGUGGUGGAGCACAAAAAGGAUAUUCAGGCAAUAACCGCAUGUUACCUUAUGGAAACAAUCAAAAAGGCGGAAAUCGACGCUACUAAUAAAAUCAUUGAUGAUAUAUUGAUACAAAGAAAUGUAUUUUCAAGAAAUAUUUUUUCCUCACUUAAUCACAAAACGAAAAAUAUGCUUAAAUGUCCUUUAAAAUGUUCUUAGAAAAAAGAAAGAAAAAAAUUUCAUGAAAAACAGAGAAAGCUAAGUUCCGGAUGAUAUGAAGAAGAAUAGGAAGAAGUGAUAGGAUAAGCGAAGGCAGAAACAGAAAUAAUUUUAAACACAUCGCAAGAAGAAAAAAAAACAAAUUUAGUCAAAAAAAAAAAAUUUCCACCCACGUAUGAAUAUUUGAGAAUUUUCUUAAUCAACAAUCAAUCACUGAAGAGAAGUUUUUAGGAGAUGAAGAUGAAAACUACUUUAUUAAGCUAAUAUCAAUCAUUUUGCAAUCAUUCGUUUAUUAACGAAGACAAUUUUCUUUAACUUAUUGAGUGUCCCAAAAAGAAAAAUCUUUAAUUGUUAGACAUAAGAAUUCCUUUCCUUUAUUAAUUUGAGAUAAUCCAUUAAAACUUUUAAAAAAGAAAUAUAAUAAACGAAAACAAGUUUCAUUGCAUAAUAUUAUUCAUCAUAAAUAUAGAAUUUGUUUUAGCUUUGUUUCGAUGUGCAAAUUAGAUUGAUAAGAAUAAUGACGAAAUUAAAAAUAAAUAAAUAUUAGCAAGCAGGCAAGGGGAAGCACUCUUGAAGGUAUGAAUAGAUGGAUAGCGAAUAGAACUGAAUCAAGAACCAAUUAGAGAUGUAAAGAAUUAUAAUUUUGUGAAGUCAAAAAGAAACCAAGAAAAGAAAGCCCUUUGUAGGUGGCCAACAUUUUAGAGAUCACAUUUGAGAAGAAGAAAGAAAUCCUUUAAGUAGUAGAUAAUUUUAGAAGACGAGAAUAAAUAUAAUAAAUAGAGUUUUUGUGGUGUCAAAUGAUUUUGAGAGAGAAUCACAAAA